CGGACCUGACGGAGGAUUCCCGCAGCCGGGGCUGGGUAUGAAUGAGGGGCUGCCCACGGCUGUCCUCCCCACCUCCGGCUCCUCCUGCCGCCUCCAGCCUCCAGGUGCUCUGGGUUCACUGGGAGAAGAGGCUGGAGCCGCUGGACUGGCGGCAGGGUGGGCAUCGCCGCUGGGAUCGCUCUGGCCGCCGGCGUUGGAGGUGGCAUCUCGGCGCUGGACCAUGGUGCUGUGAGGGCAAACAGACCCUGCCCACUGCCCCGUGCCACCAUGUGGGCUGCCCCUGGCCACUGGCUGCCCCCCGCCACACUCCUGCUCUGCCUCCUCCUGCAGCAGCUGGGCAGCAGCACCGCAUGGAAGCAGCACACCCCGCGCCUUCGCCUCGCCUACAAAGACUUGCUGAAAUCCAACAGCUCUCGCCUGCUGCUGGCCUCAGGGGAUGGGAUGGAUUUCCAAGCCCUCUUGGUGGAUGAAGACAGGGCCUGGCUGAUGGUGGGAGCAAAAAACCAUAUAUUCCUGCUCCACCUGGACCAUCCCAGCAGAGAGCCUGAGAAGAUUUUCUGGCCAGCCCCCAGGGAGCAGGUCGAGCACUGCCAGCUGGCAGGGAAGAACGUGGAGACAGAGUGUGCCAACUUCAUCCGCCUCCUCCAGCCCUUCAACCAGAGCCACGUGUUUGCCUGCGGCACCGGCUCCUACCAGCCCGUCUGUGCCUUCAUCCAGCUGGGAGCCAGGGGGAAGGGUGCAGGGGCUCCCCGCAUGCAGUUGGUGACGCACUCCUUGGAAUCAGGGCGAGGACGGUGCCCAUACAGCCCCCACGAACCCUUCACGGGACUCCUCGUCGAUGGGGAGCUGUAUUCAGGCACCUCCAGCGACUUCAUGGGCAGCAGCGCUGCCUUCUUCCGGACCUGGGUGCAUGGGGCCGAGCAGAGCUACAUCCGCACGGAGCAGAACCAGGACCACUGGCUGCACGAGCCUGCAUUUGUUGGUGCCUAUGCCAUCCCCGAUACCUACAACCCCCACGAUGACAAAGUCUACAUUUUCUUCCGUGAGACGGCCAUGGAAGCUGGCCAGUGGGAGCGGCGGCACAUCCAUGCCAGGGUGGCCAGGGUCUGCAAGAACGAUGUUGGAGGGAAGCACAGCCUCAUCAACCGCUGGAGCACGUUCCUGAAGGCCCGCCUGGUGUGCUCCAUCCCCGGGCCUCAGGGCACUGAGACCCACUUCGACCAGCUGGAGGAUGUUUUCCUCCUGCGCACCCGGGACCCCCAGAACCCCCUUGUCUUUGGGCUCUUCACGGUCUCCAGUGGUGUCUUCAGUGGCUCUGCCGUCUGCAUCUACUCCAUGGCUGCCGUGAGAGCUGCCUUCAGCGGCCCCUUUGCACACAAGGAAGGAUUCGACUACCGCUGGGUAGAAUACAAGGGUCGUGUCCCCUACCCCCGCCCCGGCACGUGCCCCAGCGAGACGUACGACCCCCUCCUGCAGUCCACCAAGGACUUCCCCGACGAGGUGAUCAGCUUCAUGCGCGGCCAUCAGCUGAUGUGGGAGCCCGUGUACCCGCAGGGCCGGCAGCCCGUGCUGGUCCGGGCCAAUGUGCCGUACCGGCUGCGGCGGCUGCUGGUGCACCGGCUGGACGCGGAGAGCCGCCACUACGACGUGCUCUUCCUCGGCACAGAUGAGGGCAAAGUCCUGAAGGUGGCACUGGCCGGCGGGGUGAGCCGUAGCCCCGAAGUGAUCAGCCUGGAGGAGGUCAGCGUCACUAAGGUGCCUUCUCCCAUCCUAGACAUGAAGUUAUCACCAAAGCGGCAGGAGCUGUUCGUGAGCAGCACCCACGGGCUGCUCCAGCUCUCCCUGUACCGCUGCGAGCUCUACGGCAAAACCUGCACCGACUGCUGCCUGGCCAGGGAUCCCUACUGCACCUGGGACGGCAAGACCUGCGCCCCACACCUGCUCACCGAGAAGAGGCUGCAUUGCCACGGAGGAGUCCCACAGCCUGGGGUGGGACAGCCACAGCUCCCUCUGCUCUCCCACAGGCGUGCCCGCUGCCAGGACGUGCUGAAGGCUGACCCGCUCAGCCAGUGCCAGGACACGGCAGAGGGGACUGCUGCGGUGGAGAAGGUGGUUUUUGGGGUGGAGAAGAACUCGACCUUCCUCGAGUGCCUGGCGCACUCCCCGCAGACCACGAUCCGGUGGCUGGUGCGGCGCGGCGAGGAGACAGCCCCGAGCGAGGUCAGGAACAACGCACAUUUCUUGGUGCUGGAGCAAGGGCUGCUGAUCCGCCAGCUGGCGAGGGAGGACAUGGGCACCUACGAGUGCCAGGCGGUGGAGCGCUCCUUGUCGCGGCCCCUCACCCGAUACAGCCUCCGCGUCAUCAGGCACGAGGCCAUGGAGCUGCCACCGUAUAAACGGAGCAAGGGAGCUGAGCUGGGAGGGGCCCACCAGAGCCCUCGGCCCCGGAUCGACCUGCACCCAGGCUCCAAGGGCUUCCCGCGGGCCCUGGGGGCACCGGGCACCAGCCUGGACGCCUACUGCAAUGCCCUGCGGCUGCAGGAGCGGCAGCGGCAGCGAGCCUGGCACAAGUGGCAGCACCAGUCCCCGGACAGCAAGAACGGCCGGGUGCGGAGGCACCCGCAGCGCCUGUGAGGGGCAGAGGGAGCCCACAGCUCCCUUCCCGGUCUCUCCAGGGCCCUUCUCGCACGUCGGCACCAGCCCCGGGACACCUCUCGCCUUCCCGUGCAGAACCGCCUCGCUGUUACUACCUCAACCCCCGCCAGCCCCGCGGCCUCUCCGCGCCCCACGGGGCACAGGGGACAGGGCACGCAGCCCGCGCCGGCUCUCCGAGACUCAAAGCUAUUUACCUGCAGAAUAUUUAUUUCCCUUGUUUUCCCCCGGCCCUUACUGACGAUCAGCAGCAGCAAUAAUAAGCACAGAGGACAGGGAGGAGCAAGAGCCAGCUGUCCCAAUGGUUCCCUGACUCCUGCAGCACCCAGCCCGGGCAGGGCCAGCCGUGUGAUGCCUCCCUCCGCUCUGGAGGCGGCAGGAUGCUCACCUGGGUGGCUGCCGAGGUGUGGAUGGAGCCCAGGUGCUGCUGGAAGCAGCAGGACGCAGCUGCUGGCUGAGCCUGGGCUCCAGGUGUGCAGAGAGGCUCAUGCCCAGCCCAGCUCCAACCCAAACCAGCUUCAAACCACACCACUUUCUUUUUUAAUUUUGACAUUUAUUUUACUGAGGAGAAAAAAAAAAAAAAAAAAAAGAAGGAGAAGCAACAGGCAGUUAUACCAACUUACAAUUUAUUAUUUUUUUAAAAAAUGACAUGAAACACAAGUAAAAAUAAAUACAUCAUAUAAACAACAAAUUGUUCAAAGUCUCUGUUCUGGGAGAUCAGGCGAGCACAUCCCGUUCGACAGAGAGAAGAGGGAAGCACAUGAUCAUGCGUGGGGCCAACCGACCGAGCCGCCCUGCUAGCAAUACUCCUCUUUCCAACCAUAACAAGACAGGCCACAAACUAAGGCGGUAGAAAAAAAGAAAAGAAAAAGGAAAAAAAAAAAAAAAAGAAAAAGAAACCCAAAC